AUGAAAGAUGUAUCUAGUUCGGAUCCGGUUGUAAUUGGAGCAUACUUAUAUCAUACCGCCGAAGGUAAGAAAGGUGGGAGGCCGAUCCAACAAUCAGCAUCAGGGUUCUACAAGGAGGUGUUGAGAAUCACUUUAGUUACAAGGCAUCGUACAGAAAAGUUUGGCUUGCAAAACAGAGAGUCAUCGCUAGAAUAUAUGGCGAUUAGGAAGAGUCAUAUAACGAGCUUCCUCGUUGGUUAUUCGCUAUGCAGAUGUACUUGCCAGCCGUGUACAAAAAGCCGACUAAUGUAUGUCCAUUUAGGUACUUGGGUGAAACUAGUGACACAGCCGUGGCCUGCCUCCACCGACACUGUAAUAUUUCAUCGGGUCUUUUGGAUGUUUUCACCGUGUGUUGAGGCCUUCAAGCAUUGUAAGCCACUUAUCUCUAUUGAUGGCACCCACUUAUAUGGUAAAUACAGUGGAACUUUGCUGAUGGCCAGAGCACAAGACAGCAAUGCAAACAUUCUGCCCAUUGCAUUCGCAGUUGUUGAGGGUGAGACAAAGGAGGCGUGGUCGUUCUUUCUUUCGUACUUACGGGAGCAUGUUAAACCACAACCAGGAGUGUUAGUGAUUUCAGACAGACACAAGUCCAUUGAUGGAGCACUGAAUGCCGAAGGGAGUUUAUGGAAACCGCCUUAUGUCUUCCAAGCGUUUUGUACAAGACAUAUUACAGCCAACUUCAUGACCCACUUUAGGAACAAAGACUUGAAGAAGUGGGCACAGCAUCUUGAUGAGGGACGUCGAUUUGGUCACAUGACGACCAAUAUCUCUGAGUGCAUUAAUGCUGUUAUGAAGGGUUGCCGCAAUUUGCCAAUCAUGGCUCUUGUUAAGUCAAUUUAUUUUCGUUUGGGUGAACUUUUUGCAAGGAAGGGUUCCGAGGCACUGGCCCAACUUCAGGUCGGUGCUAAAUUCUCACAGGCAUUGAUGAAGGCCAUAGAAUUCAACUCGAAGCACGUAAACACUAUGAAUGUUUACCAGUUUGAUCGGUCCAGGACAAACUUCACCAUUAAAGAGUUAGCGGCAGUUCCGGGAUCCAAACAACAGAAUUAUCAGGUACUGCUUGAUGAGGACAAGUGUGAUUGUGGGUAUUUUCAGGCUCUUCAUAUUCCUUGUCAUCACAUGCUUGCAGCUUGCUCUCAUGCAAGGCUUGAUUGGAAGCGGUUUGUUCACCCUGUGUACCGCAUGGAGUCAGUCUUCAAUGUUUACAAAUCAGAGUUUCGACCAAUAGGACACGAGGAUGACUAG